CUGAUGAAAUCUGUCAACAAUAGGCCUAUAAGUUGAAAUCCUACUGAUCUUGUACAGUAGUAGCUCUGUCUACAGUCUAGAACCAUAAGAGCAGAUUUUAAAAUACAAUAAGUGUGUUUUUAAAUUUUAUCAAUAAGCUUAAACUUUAAACAAAUAAAACCGGUACCCGUGCAGCCAGUCGAAAAUGAAGCUUUAUUCAGAUGAAGGCAAUUUCCAAACAUUGAAAGUGUCCAUAGCAGCAAGAGUGACCGGUACCGCUUCUGAAAUCCUAGCUCUUGAAGUGAAACAUAACGAGAAUGUUGUGCCCCACUUGUGUAGGUCCAAGCUUCCAGUUUUAGAAAUAGCGGAAGGGAGACUACUCUUCUCUGCUAAUACAGCAGCCAAGUAUCUAUUUCUCAAAGCUAAUCAGGUAAAAGAUGAAGAAGCAGAAGAUGAAAUUUUGGAUUGGGAAUCUACAGAAUUGUUGCCUUUGGUUGCAGCUUACCUCGUCAGUGCCAUUGGGCAAGGCAAAAAAGAUCCUUCACUGAUAACACCUGUGACAAAGGUUCUACAGCAACUGGAUGCCAAGCUUAUAAAGUCCAAGUACCUUCUAGGAGAUUCCCUAAGUCUAGGGGACGUCUGUGUUUUUAGUACCAUUUUUCCUCUACUUGGUCUGAAAAAUUUUGAAAUUAUCGAGAAGCUACCCAAUAUACAAAGGUGGUGCAGUGACGUUAAGGCAAACCAAGCUGUUCAGGCUGCUGUUGCAGAGGUUACAAAAGGUCAAGGCCAUGAAAUUUUUAAGGCAUCACUUCUGGCUCAGAGCUUCCCACCACUUCCAAAUAAAGAUGGGGGUGAGUGUCAGGUCAAGGCCAGUGGUGCGGUCAACUCAUCUGCCACAAGUUCGGUUUCAUCAGAAGAUCAGGUUCCUACAGUGAAACUAACCCAAGAAGAACUAGAUGCUGCCCGCAAAGCAUGGAAGAAAAAUCCCAAGGAAUGUGUUCAGCCAAAACAAAGAAAGCAUCCUAUAUUACCUGAGGCCAACUCCAGAAAUAUUUUGGUCUCCAGUGCUCUGCCCUAUGUCAACAAUGUACCACACCUGGGGAACAUUAUUGGCUGUGUGCUCAGUGCUGAUGUCUUUUCUAGGUUUGCCAGAUUGAGAAACUACAACGUGCUCUAUGUAUGUGGCACUGAUGAGUAUGGGACAGCCACGGAAACCAAAGCCAUGGAAGAGGGGGUAACUCCUAAGGAGAUCUGUGACAAGUACAACAAGCUCCACACCCAAGUCUACAAGUGGUUUAAUAUUGACUUUGAUUUUUUUGGUCGCACAACAACCGAUCAUCAGACAAAAAUUGCCCAGGAUAUAUUCUGGAAACUGUACCAAGGAGAUUAUAUACUAAAAGAUAGUGUAGACCAGCUCAAAUGUAUCAAGUGUGAUAGGUUUCUAGCAGAUAGAUUUGUAGAAGGAAUCUGUCCCCUGUGUGGGUUUGAUGAUGCCAGGGGUGACCAGUGUGAUGGUUGUGGUAAACUGAUCAAUGCUGUAGAACUCAAGGAACCCAAGUGUAAAAUAUGUAAAAGCUCACCUGUGAUUCAGACAUCGAACCACCUGUUUGUUGACCUGCCUAAGCUUGAACCUUUGCUGAGAGCUCACCUCAACAAAGUCUUUGAGAGCGGCACCUGGACCAACAACGCUAAGGUGAUAACAAACUCCUGGCUGCGCGAUGGCCUCAAGCCCCGGUGUAUCAGCCGAGACCUGAAGUGGGGCACCCCCAUACCCCUGGAGGGCUACACUGAUAAAGUGUUCUAUGUCUGGUUUGAUGCCCCCAUUGGUUACAUCAGCAUCACUGCCAAUUACACUGCCGAGUGGGAGAAAUGGUGGAAGAAUUCUAAUCAAAUUGAAUACUACAACUUCCUUGGAAAAGACAAUGUACCAUUCCACAGUGUUAUAUUCCCUGCCUGCCUUUUGGGUACUAAUGAUAACUACACAGUGGUGAACCACAUGGUUGCCACAGAGUAUCUCAACUAUGAGGAUACCAAAUUCUCCAAGAGUCGCAACACUGGUGUGUUUGGGGACCAAGCAGAAACCACAGGGAUCCCUGCGGAUGUGUUCAGGUUUUAUCUUCUCUAUGUCAGGCCAGAGUCUCAGGACACUGCCUUCAGUUGGGAUGACUUUUUACUGAAAAACAACAGCGAGUUGUUAAAUAAUUUAGGGAACUUUAUCAACAGAGCUCUUAUGUUCUUGAACAACAAUUUUGGUGGUGUGGUUCAACCAAUGGAAGAGAAUGAGGAUGACAUCCAGUUGAUAGCACAAAUCACAGACCAGCUCAAGGGCUACACAACCAACUUAGACAACUGCAGGUUACGUGAUGGCAUCAGAAACAUACUGAACAUAUCCAGACUGGGUAACCAAUACAUGCAGGUCAAUAAACCCUGGGUGCUGGCUAAAGGCACAGAGCCAGAGAAGAAGAGAGCUGGAACAGUUGUGAGUGUAUGUGCCAAUGUGUCCUGCCUGCUGUCUGUUCUGAUCCAGCCCUACAUGCCAGCCACCAGCGCUGUCAUACAGCAACAACUUCAGGCCCCAGCAUCUGUCAACUGUAUCACUGGAGAGUUUGUGGCCAUGCUGCAGCCUGGGCACAAGAUUGGCCAGCCCAGUCCCCUAUUCCAAAAGAUUGAAGCUACCAUUAUAGCUGAGCUCAAACAAAAGUUUGCUGGAAGUCCAGCUGAAAAAGCUCCACCUAAGAAACAGGCAAACAAAAACACCCCUAAAGUUGAAGGGACAGCACCUGUUGCUUCCACAGAGGAAAUAGACAGGCUGACAAAAGCUGUUGCUGAUCAGGGAAACAAAGUUAGAGAAUUCAAGGCAGCAAAGGCAGAGAAAUCUGUUAUAGAAAAAGAAGUGGCCUCCCUGUUACAACUGAAGAAAGACCUUUCAGCAGCCCAGGGCCCUGCUGAACCAGCAGUGGACAAAAAGUCAAAGAGUAAGGAAGCCGGUGAUAAAAAGGCCCCAGUGUCAGACAAUUGCGCUAAAUCACCUGCAUCUGUCCCCAACUCUACACCUGCAUCAGGAGGUCAGGGUGACCCAGCUGUUGUGGAGAAAUUAACUCAAUCUGUAACUGAACAGGGUAAUAAAGUAAGGGAUCUGAAAGCAUCUAAAGCAGAGAAAUCUGUUAUUGAUAAGGAAGUGGCUAUUCUGCUCCAGUUAAAAAAAGAUCUAGAAUUAGCUCAAGGGAAACCACUCCAAACAACAGCAGCAAGUGGCAGCAAGAAAGGAAAGAAGAAGAAAUAAGACAUGAGAAUCUCUGCAUUUGUGUUGGUUAUGAUGGGGUGUUUUGUGUAUUAAAUGUGAAGAAGUUAUUUAUUGUCUUACUUAAUUUAUUGUUGAUGUUGAGUACCCUUUCCAGAAUGGUAACAUUUUUUUCUGGUUUUGUUUUAGAAUGAAUUAACCUGUUUAGUAG